CAGUUCUCUUUUAAACCCUGUUAUAGUCCUACCAAGACUGGUGUGAUAGUCACACACUCUUAUUUGCACAGCAGAACUAAUUUUAAAAGUAGUCAUCUCAUGGAAUGCAUCUGAUGUGAGAAAAAAACAUUUAACUUAGUUAACCCCCAGUGCACCUUGAAGUUUGAACCUUGAAACCUCCAAGUUUCAGUUUCUGAAUUAAUAAUCAUGGAAUAUACAGACAUAUAUGUACAAUAUUUUUAAUCCCUAAAACUGUGGAAUAUUUCAUGUAGCAGUUUUUUUGUUUGUUUGGGGCUUUUGUUUGUUUGUUUGUUUCUGGGUUUUUUCUGUUCUACAUCAUUCUUUUCAUAUGAUACAAUGUUAGGUAAAAUUGUAAGGGGGGUUAUAGGGAAGAUACCAAAGAAAGGCACUGGAUGAUCAUAGCUAAAUAAUGUCUGGACUACGUGGAGCUGUCCAUGCAAAAUGGAUAAUAGGGAAAGUAAUUGGAACUAAAAUGCAUAAAACUGCCAAAGUGAGAGUGACAAGGCUUGUGCUGGAUCCUUAUUUACUAAAGUUCUUUAACAAGCGAAAAACUUAUUUCGCUCAUGAUCCAUUGCAGCAAUGUGCCAUCGGAGACAUUGUUCUUCUAAAAGCUUUGCCUGAGCGGAGGACCAAAAAUGUGAAACAUGAACUGGCUGAGAUUGUUUUCAAGGUUGGAAAUGUCAUAGACCCAGUAACCGGAAAGGCCUGCGCAGGAACCAGGUUCCUGGAAAGUCUAACAGACUCAGAAAGUCUAACUGAGGCAGACACUACCUAUCUAAGUGAAAAGCUCCAAGAACUAAAUGUUUCCUCAACAGAGAAAUAAAGGGUGGGAAGAGGCCGUAAACCGAGGGCUUUACCUCUCAUCUUUACAUGAGGGAUUGGUUGUGCCUAUUGUCUUAGGAUGUAAAAUCUUUUUAUUGUUAGUAACAACAAAUAAUAAACUGAAUUACUUCCAACACCAAAA